AUGUUCGUGGGCGGGGGCGGGCAGGGCGGCCCCCUGUCGUGCAACAGGGCGUUCUUCAUGGCGCUCAUAUUCGUCUUCCUUCUCCUUUCGACGCUGAACGAGAUGCCCGCGAACAAGAACAAGCGCCUCGACGUUCGCCCACCAGGCGCAGACGGGCAGUCGGAGGAGCGGCGCGGCCCGGACAAGGAGACGGUGAUGCAGAAGAUGGUGUACGACCUGUCGCUGGACAACGAGUCGCUGGACCGCGAGAACCGCCAGCUGAAGACGUGGCUUCUCGCGCUGCGCAGAAACACGCGGUCGCAGCCGGCGUGCCGAUUAGACGAAGACAGCGAGGCGCUCCUGGCGAAGUUCGAGGCGCUGCUAGCGGGCGGCGAGGACGCGCAGGCUGGGAAGGCCGACGACGCGGGCGCGAAGACGGCGGGCGACGCAGCGGAGGGCAGCACCGCGGGCAGGAGCACGGCGACGGGCGGCGACGCACAGGACGGUGCGGCGGAUACGGGUGAUCGGGGGGUGUAA